GUCGCAUGACUCGAGCCCUGGACUAGCUUAAGAAGGUUGGCGGUUCAACUAAAGUUCAGUGAGAGUGAAGUGAUUCAACGUCGUCGCCUCCAGUUUCACCACAGGUCUCCUGUGGCGUAGUCCUUUUGGGUGAGAGAGUUCUCGCAAAUAGUGAAUACAGGAUGACGAUCAGGUUGAGGAAGCAGCAUUUGUUGGCGACCUUAGUGCUGAGCAGUGUGAUUGGCGCCAUUAGAUCAUCUCCGGUGACAACAACGCCAAAUCCCGCCACAGUCCCAUCCACUUUAUCAAGCGUAUCCCCGCCACAGUCGUCUUCUUCGUCAUCUUCGUCCUCAUUCAUAGCCACGUCAUCUCACACGUCAACGUCAGUACUGUCAUCCUCCUCAUCCUCCUCAGCAGAAAAAGGGACGUCGUCUCAAAAUGCAUCGUCCAUCCUAGACGUAGCCUCUGUACCGAGCUCAGACAUUGCAGGAGGAGCCGCAUUACCUGAGUCUAAAGCUAAUUCCACGCCAUUACCCCUCCCAUCAGAAGAUGCUUCAUUAUCGAAAUCUUUGCAAGCAGAUGAAGCAUCUCUUUCAACAGAACCCACUUCAUUAAAUCACUUGUCGUCGACAGUUCAAACCGAACCUUCUGUGACGUCUACUUUACAUUCGCCUUCUCAGACUGAAAUCACUCAAGCAUCUCCUGCGCCGGAGUCAUCUACAGAUGGUUCAACUACAGCGACCUCACCAUCGGCCUUCCCUUCCUCGGAAGCACCACCAUCACUAUCCGAUGCCGAACCCUCACUGUUCAAUGAAUCGUCACUGUCACCAGCCGAAUCGCGUUCUUUGUUUUCUGAGGCUGUCCUUCGGGAAGAGCCGGAACUUCUGUCUCCCCUCACUCUUCAGUCAUUGCCGUCAGAGCCAGAAAACGCAACUGGAACGGAACUAAAUCAGACAGAAACUGCGCAUUCGUCUAAUUUAUCCGUUGAGGCGCUGUAUAACUUGACUCGAGAAUUCUUUCAAUGGAGACUUCAGGAAAGUCCACAAUAUGCUACCGAGGCUGGAGAUAACGCGAACAAUACUGAUCGAUUUGAUGACGUUAGUCCGGAGCACUUCGAACGGAGAAAGAUUAAAACUGAGGAAUUCCUGGAGAGAGCCCAGGGCAUCAAUGCAAGUGAAUUGUCGGGAGCUGAUCUUCUGACCCACAGGAUCUUCAUCGAAGACAUGAGUUCGUUCCUUCGAAACUACAAAUACCUCAAAUUCUUCAUGCCAGUAACCAUCAUCGGGGGGCCUCAACAGAGUCUAAAGUACACGCUAAAGAAAUCUACUGUCCUCAACUCGUUCGAUGAUUACAAGAAACUCAUAUCGAGGUUUAGAGACUUUCCACGCCAAGCAGACCAACUGAUAGACAUUAUGAGAGGAAAUAUUGCAGAUGGUCUGAUGCCUUCGAAUUGGUCUUUGGGUAGCGUGACAGAACAGUUCGACGACCUUCUGGUGCCGUUCAACGAAUCCGUCUUCUACGAGCCUUUCGUAAACAUCCACAUCAGUAUGACGCCGGAAGAAAAGGAGCUGCUGAGGCAGGAAGCGGAGCCAGCCGUUGAAGCUCUACUCGCCGCUUUCAGGAAAAUGAGUGAUUUUAUCCAGGAUGAAUAUAUGCUGGCAGCCAGGCCCGAAGUGGGCGUAUCCUCUUUGCCGGACGGAGCGGAAUAUUAUCAAGCCUGCCUACAAUUCCACACCUCCACUGACAUGACACCUCAACAGAUUCAUGACUUGGGUCUCAGCGAAGUUGCAAGGAUCCACGAGGAGGUGAAACAGACUGCUGUCGAUCUUGGUAUGGCCAACAAGACUUUAUCUGAAAUCAGCGCCAUCGUCAAGACAGACCCGGGGCAGAGGUUCACGAGCAAAGAGGACCUCCUGGAGACAUACAGGAGUGCCGUCUACAACAACAUUUAUCCGCUUAUGGACAAAGUAAUCGAUGGCAUUCCCGCCAUUAAUGUCUCAGUUGAGGAGAACGUGGCGGGAGACGGGUAUGCCUCGUAUGCAGACCCUCCUCCGGAUGGAUCCCGCCCGGGAACCUUCUUCAUCAACGCCGAUAUUUAUCGACAUCACCGUAAGUAUGAAGUGAAUGCCCUGUCCUUACACGAGACGGUUCCGGGUCACCAUUUGCAGGCGAUAUUGCUCUUGAAGAACCCAAGCCUUCCAGAGUAUCGAAGAAGCCCCGAUUACUUCAGCUAUCCGUACGACCCGAUGAGGUACCCGCUGCACACGGCUUUCUCGGAAGGAUGGGGUCUCUACUCGGAAUUUCUGGGGGAUGAACUCGGUCUCUAUCAAGACCCCCACCAAAGGCUCGGUCGCCAUUCUUUCGAAAUGCUGAGAGCUGGUCGCCUGGUUGUGGACACGGGACUCCACGCUUUGGGAUGGUCGCGCCAAGAAGCCGUUGACUACCUGUUGCAGAACACUGCCAUGAGCAGGAAAGCCGUUGAGAACCAGAUAGACCGAUACAUCUCGUGGCCCGGCCAGGCCACCUCCUACAAAGUGGGUGAGAUCAAGAUCCGGAUGCUUCGAGAAAAGGCGGAGAAGGAACUGGGCGAGUACUUCCGAGUCCAGGACUUCCACGCGACGGUUCUCGGCUGCUGUGGACCCCUGAACAUCCUGGAGGAGUGCGUCGACUCCUAUAUCCAAAAAACCAUCGUCAAAAAUACGAACGAUGAAAGUAUACUCGUGUGAUGAGGGAUAGAUAGACUGAUCGCGUUGAGAGCAACCUUACAAACGGAAUUUUCGCGGCCAUGCGAAAUAAAUAAAUGUCGUUUACAAGAUGGAUGCCCUCUUUCCCUCUUAACGUAAGGUCAGGCAGUGGCCAACAGGUUGCAUUUCCAUUUAUUACGUCAAAUUCUCAACUUUCCGAAUUCAGUGUAACCUUUCCUCCUGAAGUAAAUAGUCUCUCUUCUCACGCGAAUGUGCACAAUUCUUCUUCUUCUUCGUUUUUUCUUGGUACGUAAAUGA